AUGUAUGAAAAGGAGAGGAAUGGAGGUUAUGCAGACUUGCUUUUUAUUGUGAAGUUGAUACAAGUUUGUGCUGAUUUAAAAUUGCUGGAACCAGGGAAAAGGGUAGAUGAGUAUGUUAUGAGGUCUUCGUCAAAGCUUAAGACCAGUGUUGUCCUGAAUAAUCUGGCGGACAUGUACUGUAAACUGGGCGAUGCAAAUGGGGCAAGAGAGAUAUUUGAGCAAAUGGGAGCACGAAAUUUGGAUUCUUGGAACAAGAUGCUGUUGGAGAAGGAAGGACAUAAACAUUUUGAGUCAAUGAGCAGGGGUUAUGGGAUCAUUCUCGCAGAAGAGCAUUAUGAAGCUAUGGUUGAUCUUCUUGGAAGAUCAGGAAAGAUAGCGGAGUGCAAAGGAGUUAGUUGCAAAUAUACCAAUCGACUCAAACACCAGAGUUUGGGAGACUCUACAGAAGCACUCGAAAGCCAGAACACAAGGGCAACUGGGUUAUUCUGUAUCACCAUAAGGGCAAAGGACAGCUUUAACAUAAAUUAUAAAAGAGCGACUUCAGACGGGAUCAAGGCAUAUGAAAAGUUGAGGUCUUUGAGUAAAGAGGUAAGGGAUGCUGGAUAUUUGCCGGACACAAGGUUUGUGUUUCAUGAUCUUGACCAAGAGGCGAAGGAGAAGACCUUGUUCUACCACAUUGAAAGGAUAGCCAUUGCUUAUGGGCUUAUCAAUACUCCUCCUGGGACCUCUCUAAGGAUAAUGAAAAACCCAAGGAUUUGUGGGGACUGUCAUAAUUUCAUCAAGAUCCUUUCCAAAAUGAAGAACCGAUAG